GUAUUUUCUCAUCAUUGAAAUAUACCCCCAAAACAAGUCAUGCGACUCAACUUCAACAAAGGCCCCAGUGUAGGGAUCUUGGGCCUCUUCCUAGCCCUAAUCGCCUUCCUAGUCAGCCAGUCCACUGCCCUCCCAACCCCCAACUCCCUCGAAAUACAGACCCUCGACACAAUUGAAACAUCAACGCAAUACCUCCACGAUCUCGGAAAGCGGUUCGCCGGCCGUGCAUCUGGCAAGGUUGGCACUGCAGGACCUGACACAACCGACUACCCUAGUGACUCUGAGAUCGGAGAAGCCUGCAAUCCCGAAGCAGGCAAAGCGUUCAUAUUCUACUCAAACGCAGACUCCAACUUGGCGCACCAAUUUGCCCAGGCGAACAACGGACUCAUUGUCCGCCAGACCUUCCCCAAGGGCUACGUGGGCAAAAAACCCAAUCGUGGAAAGAAACGGUCCGAUGAGUGGUACCAGGACUUCUGUGAUCGAUUCUCCGGUGUUUUUGCCGAUAAGGCUAAGGGAACGGUUUAUCUGGUGACGGAUUUGGAUGCCGGGACUAGGGAUUGUAGUGUCUGGGAACGGAUUGAGAAGCCGACACUACUGGCGAACACGGCCGUCACUGACAUCGUGGCUGUUUCUUCUGCGGACUUCAGUAAGCGGAAUACGAUUUGGUCGCGGACUGGGAAGCGCGACAAUGCGGGACUGGCGUUGCGAGCCUUGAAGAAACAGACAAGUGGGAAGAAGUCUUGCUUCAAUUGGGAAGGAUGUGGGGAGGAUCCUAACGAUUCGGAUGGUGAUGGUGGAGAAGAGUGCUGGUUUCUGUUGUUGAUGGAUGAAGAUGUGCAUCAGACUGAUGCUCAGAGGGCACAACGAAGAUAA